AUGAGGCUAUGUCCACAUCACGGUCUAGAAGAAUGGAUGAUAAUCCACACCUUUUAUAACGGUCUCUUGUACAAUACAAGAUUGACAAUAGACGCCGCCGCAGGUGGCGCAUUGAUGGAUAAACCAUACGACGAGGCCUAUCAACUCAUUGAAAGUAUGGCCCAAAAUCAUUACCAAUGGGGAAGCGAGAGAACCUCUUUAGAGAAACCUCAACCGAAGGGCGACAUGUACGAAUUGAGCAAUCUUGACCAUGUCAACGCCAAGGUAGAUGCCCUGACUCAGAAGAUAGACAACUUGACCAUAACACUAGCAACCACCAUGGCUGUCGUAUCACCAAACUGCGAGAUAUGCAGAGUUCAAGGGCAUACUGCCCCAGAAUGUCAACUCUUGACAGGAACUUCCACGGACCAGGUGAAAUAUGCUCAAGGAAACCCCUACUCAAAUACCUAUAACCCAGGUUGGAAGAACCAUCCUAACUUCUCAUACAAAAACAAUAAUGCAUUGUAUGCACCUAAUCAAACACCUGUUGUACCACCAGGAUAUCAAAAAGCUGUCACAAAUACUCAAAAUGCUCCUAAGAAAUCAAACUUAGAAAUAAUGAUGGAAAACUUUAUAGCUACCCAAGUUCAAACAAAUAAAUAUUUCUUAAAUCAAAACACACACACCAGCGAGCAAAUCAAGCAAUUAGCAAACAAGGUAGACGCUUUAGCCACCCACAACAAAAUGUUGGAAACUCAAAUCUCACAAGUGGCUCAACAACAAGCACCUACCGUUGCUCCUGCAGGCACAUUUCCUGGACAGCCGCAACCAAACCCGAAAGGUCAUGCAAAUGCUAUUAUACUGCGAAGUGGGACAAAACUAGACAGACCGAUCGAUCCUAGAACUCAAAACCCAUCCAUGCAUCAAGACCCAGGUAAGGUAACUGAGAAGGAAGACGAACAAGAGGAAGAUAAAAACGAAGAGGCCGUAGAGAAAGAAGAACCUUAUGUUCCUCCACCACCAUAUAAACCCCCUAUCCCUUAUCCAUAA